CAUCUGGCGAGGACCAAAUAUAAACUGCACAGACAGUUCAGGUUAUACUGCUUUACAUCAUGCAGCUUUAAAUGGACACAAGGAUAUAGUUCUCAAAUUACUUCAGUAUGAAGCAUCAACUAAUGUGGCAGAUAAUAAAGGUUAUUUUCCUAUUCACUUGGCUGCUUGGAGAGGAGAUGUAGACAUUGUGAAGAUUCUCAUCCAUCAUGGGCCAUCACACUCCAGAGUGAAUGAACAGAAUAAUGAAAAUGAAACAGCACUGCACUGUGCAGCUCAAUAUGGUCAUUCAGAAGUAGUUGCUGUUCUGUUAGAAGAGCUAACAGACCCUACAAUAAGGAACAACAAACUAGAAACACCUCUGGAUCUGGCAGCACUUUAUGGACGUCUGCGUGUUGUAAAAAUGAUCAUCAAAGCAUAUCCAAACCUGAUGAACUGUAAUACAAGAAAACACACUCCUUUGCAUCUUGCUGCACGUAAUGGCCACAAAGCUGUUGUACAGGUGCUUCUGGAGGCUGGAAUGGAUGUCAGCUGCCAAACAGAAAAAGGGAGUGCACUACAUGAAGCAGCCCUAUUUGGAAAGGUGGAAGUAGUACGCAUUUUGCUUGAAACAGGAAUUGAUACCAACAUAAAGGACAGUUUGGGUAGAACGGUUUUAGAUAUUCUUAAAGAACAUCCAUCUCAACAGUCGCUCCAAAUUGCAGCUCUACUUCAAGAAUAUAUGGAAACAGGAAAUGCAAGUAUUUCAGAGGAGCGCCCACUGGAAUGUGCAGAACAUCAGUCUUGCAUUUUGUCCCCAGAAGUUCCUCCAUCUCCAAAGGCUAAAAGUGAAGCUGUGACUGGAGAAUUAUCAAAGCUCUUAGAUGAAAUCAAAUUGUGCCAAGAAAAGGAAUACUCUUUUGAAGAUCUGUCUCAUACAAUAUCAGACCAUUAUCUGGACAAUUUUAGUAAAGUAUCAGAGGAAGAACUUAUGACCGGUGGAAGCCAAACCAAGCUUAAUGUAGUAAGUAAGAUGGGAUACAAAGACAAUAUGUUCAGUUAUAUCUGCUUUAUUUAUGGCACAUUCAAGAAAGAAAUAGUACAAGAGUGA